AUGGCCAAGCCUCGUAUAGAAGAAGCCAUUAAAAACCUCGUUGAGGCAUUUAUAGAGCAUUCCAACAGUGAUUUGAAGUUGAACAAGGCAGAACUAAUGACAAUGAUGGAGAAGGAAAUCCAAAACCCAGAGGUCAAAGCAAAACUGUGUGCGGCUGAUUUAGACAAGGCCAUGGAGCGGAUGGAUAAGAACCACGACGGAGAGAUCGACUUCAAAGAGUAUUUGAAGUGUGUGGCCUUCAUGGCCUGUCGCUGCUUCCACAAGAAGACGGGAAAGUGCCCAGAAACUCAAAGCUGUCAUUAG